AUGCCAACCGGAUCAUCGUUGUCAAAGCCAAAAGAGCGGCCCUCAAAUCACAGACGCCACCGAUUCGCAACGCCAAACCAUUCCAACAUUCCCUCAUUGCCAACGUACAUUCUGCGCAAGAAUGGGUCCCGUCGAACAUCUCCGAACCCAAUGCAACAGCAAGCCGACAAUUCCACCCUCCGCCUACACAAACGCCCCCAUCGUCAACUCUGCCCCAACACCCAGGCGUCAACGACGACGACCAUCCCCACCAUCGGUGACACCACUGCCGAUACCCUGUCGCUGUCGAUCAUCGUUAUCACCAUCAUCCUUGCCACUAUACCCACGACAGCGGCUACAACCUCUCUUGUUCCCGCCACCGGUGAGUGCACUCCCGAAGCCCCGCCAAUCACCAUCACCGUCCCCACCACCAGCAAUAUGGACGUCAUUCCAACCUGUCCUCAUCGAGAUCGGGUAUUCACCUCAAGUAUCGACCUAGUCGGUCACUUGCGAAUCAAUCGCACUGCGAAGAGCGUGCCAGGGCCGGGAGCCCCGGCUUGCACCCGUCGCCACAGCCUUAACUGCCCGCACUGUCUACGCCCAUUCAGACAUCUCACUGGCCUACUCAGCCAAGUGCGCAGCGCGCUAAAAGCCAUGCUUUGGAAGGUUACCAACUGA